CUCACUAAUGCAGGUCCACCGGGCAGUCCACCGUCACAUCGUACGCACACCUGCCACGCCGACUUCUCCAGUGUCGCCGCUGCCCACAUGCUGCCGCUUGAGUUGUUCCUCCCAUGCGCGUGCAUGCCUGGCUCAGCCCGAAUUCACCGCAGUCCCUGUCAUUGUCCAUCUGCAACCAGCGUAGCCGCCCACGGCCGGAGCCAUUGAGCGCACAGCAUCGCCUGCCAUGAAUGGCUCUCCUCAGCUCAGCAGCUCCCCAGAGGAGACGCGCAACAUGGGAAAUGGAAAUCUGCUCACACCCUCGCAACAAGGCGGCCCACGGCGCGGGAGUGGUGGUCUUCCGGCGCGGAAUCGUGAUGCUUCACCACAUACCAACGGGAACACGCAUAACCAGAACGCGCCGCCCUCUCCACGGUCGCCAUCGACGGACACCAGCCAAUGGAGCUCCGCCGUUGGCCAUGCCACGACUGGCGGGAAGUCAGGACGUGUGAUUGAGAAGCUCAUGGCUGACAAUGAUCGUCUCAAGCGUGAGCUCAAAGAGCAAGUGAUCAAAGCGGAGGAAUUGCAACGAAGUGUUCAGAUGUUCAAGCCUCGAAUGGAAUCGAUUCAGGCCGAGAAUGAUAAUUUGAGCCAUCUCAGAGACGUGGACUCCGGAUUAUUGUCCAGACGAGAAAGAAUCAUACAGGAAUUGAAGGCAGACUUGGCAAAAGAGAGAGAACGAAGCAAGGCCUUCGAGGAUAUGGCUCAGCGAAGUACUGCGGAAAGAGAUGAAGCGGUCGAGGAGAAGCGAAGGGAUCUGCAGAUGAUGGCGGAGCAGACGAAACAUGCCCAACUUCAUACAGAGAUCCUGGAGAAUAGUCACAGACAAUUGAAUCAGCAAUACAAAGCUCGCGUAGAAGGUAUCCGGACGGAAGUGCUGCAGUUGCAGCAAGAGAAAGAAGAAGACCGCAGGCGCUUGUCCAAGAUGGACGUGGUAUCAGAUCAGAUGCGACAGGAACUGGAACGGACAAGAAAGCUGCAAGCGGAGCUGGUGACAAAAUGGGAGGAGCUACAACAAGAGAAACAAGAGCGAUUCCAGGAGCUUGAGAGGGAGGCGAGAGAGGAGAACGAGAAGACACGGAAGCUCAGCGUUGAAAUGGAUCAAGUCGUGAACCAGAUGCGCUGGGUGAUGAACGUGAAGCGGAACACCAACUUGGAUGGCAGCUAGACGCGGCAUGAACCCAUCUCCACAUAUUUUUCUUUGCGAUUUAGCGGGCGUCAUGGCAUUCAUGAGAAAUGACAUUGAUAUCACGAUACUGGCUUGGCCAUUUGCCGACUGGAGCCAGGCUAGAGACUCUUGACAGUUGGGUUGGUUCGAGCAAGCAAGCGUUGGGCGCGAGGGGGUAGGGCGAGAUACGAAACAUAGAUUAGACGGGUAUCUUCACGAAGACUCGCAGGCCGUCUCUGGCACUCCGGCGCGUUCGCGACACUCUCAUUCACGAGCAACUAAGCAGCGGCCAGCAGCGACGCGAGGCAGCGCGCGAGCGCGCCUGCCGUUUUGAUCUCAUGCUGUGCCGUUGCGCCUUCCGCACCUCGACCAGG